AUGACCCCCUUGGGUGAAGUGACCUGGGGUACGAGUGUUGACGUCACCUGUUCCAUAUCGACUCAGCAUGUAGGAGGAACCUUCACUCUUCAGAAGACCUCCGGCUCAUUUACAAAGACCCAGUCCUCCAGUUCCAAAUCUGCUACCUUCAACAUCCAGAGAGUCAACUUCGAUCAUGAGGGAUUCUACCAGUGUCAAUAUCACACCACAGUUUCAACUCAAGCCUUCAGCUCCCCUCAGAGUGACUCUGUCAGAGUCACAGUCAGUGUGCCGCUACAGCAGCCCAACAUCUCUGUGACGUCUCCUAAUGGAGGCCUGUUCUGGGGUCCUGGAGGGGCAGAGGUCACCAGAGGUUCCGACUUCGUCAUCACCUGUUGCAUUGGGUCGGGUUACCCAGGAGGACAUUUCAAUCUCAUCUUCUCUGACUCCAACAUCACCAACGUCACGCCUGCGGUCAACAACUCCGCCUCCUUUCACUUCCCUGUGGCGGAGUACGAACACCAGGGAAACUACAGCUGUGUGUACGAAGUGUCUCUGUCCCAACAGACAUUCAGCUCCACCAGGACCACCACACUGACGAUCACCGUUAAAUUGCAUCUGUUCUUGCUGGUCCUUCCAGUAUCAGGGGGUCUACUGCUGCUCCUGCUGGUCUUGGUGGUGGUCUGUCUGGUCCAUGGGAGACGACGACGGGCCAAUCAGCUUCAAACCCUCAGUCAAACUCAAAGUCUGUGCUCACCAGAACAUACUAUGUACAAGUUCAGGAUUGUUCUCAAAUAUCGAGUUGAGGACUGA